AUACUGAAAAGAGGCUCAAAACUUGUUACAAACUUACAAAUAUAUUUCUAUAUUAAAAUAAUGCGAAUAGGUUUUUGGAAAAAACCAUAAAGUAGAAAACAGUUUUGUAUUUCAACUUAUCUAAGUAUCAAAAUUGGUUAGAAAUUUUUCUCUUUCUUUCUUUCUUUUUUUUGGAGUGAAGCUUUGGUUACUAUAUGCACUUGACAUACUUUUUAUACACAUAUUUAGGAGAACAAAUGAGAUGAAAUCGGAUAUUACUAUUCCUCAUGAUGUCAUUAUGAAAUUCAAUCAAUUUUGGAACGAGUUUAAGGAUACCCCUUUGAAAGGGAGAAAUGCAAUAUUACAAGGUGUUUGUCCACAAAUUUUUGGACUCUUCACUGUAAAGCUUGCAGUUGCAUUAACACUUAUUGGAGGUGUGCAAUAUGUUGAUGCUUCUAGAACCAAGGUACGAGGAGAGUCUCAUUUACUUUUGGUUGGAGACCCAGGUACCUUUUCGAUUUUCAUUGCAUACUUAUAGGGUUCAUUACUUAAAUAAAAUUCUAUCAAUUGAAGACUACUGCAUUUAUGCUAUGCUUCAGUUGAAGAAGCUUUCUUUUCUUCAAAAUUCUGAUAGGAAAUUAACAAUCACUUAAAUCUAGAAAAAUAAGAACACCAUUGUAUUUUGUCCAACUGAUUCAUGAUAUUUUAUGAGUGUCUAAAGCCUGUAACCUAUAUGAAUUUUCCUGUACAAUACAAUUAGGGUUAUUACAAACAAGUUAUCCAUAGUAUUGUAUUGAGUGGUCCUUUAAUGCAAAUAAUAGGUAGGGUAACUAAUGUAAAUAGUCUAAGGGUGGGAAAAUAUAAAUUUUAGAGAGAAAUUUUGAGAGCAAGAAAGUAUAGAAGAAAGCUCCAGGACUGGACUUAAAUAGUUCAAAACUUCAGGGUUUUAUUUUCUCAAUAGAAGACAUUUCUUUGCUGGUUGGAUCCAUGGACAAAUGCAAUA